AUGGCGGGCGCGGACGAACAAGACAAUGAAACAGCUUAUCAGACUCCAAACAAAGCGUCAGACUCCCGCGAACCACGCGAUACGCACCAACGACCAGGACUGAAUCGCCAUGACUCACGAUUAUCGGCUAUCUUUGCUCCGAAAGCGUCCGGCAUCGGUGAAGCAAAAGCCUCCUCUCCACCACAAAAGGUCGGGACCUCUUUGCCAAAAUUGACGAGGUAUCAGAGGAUUCAGCCAACUGCAGUCAAGAGCAAAGAGAACCAAGGUAUUAGAAACCCUGCUGGUAGUGAGAAGCCCACUAAGACGAAGUCGCGAAUGUUGAACGCCCUCAAAAAGCUCGAAGACACAUACGAAUACUCAUCCAUUGGGUCUAAGCAGGUCCGCUUGCUUAUCGUCAAGCCAGGACAAGAAGAUGACGACAUCAACGCAAUCCUACAGGUCGUUGAUGAAGAUCAACUUGGGAACGAUGAUUAUUGCUACGAAGCCCUUUCGUAUCACUGGGGCGAAGGCGAGGACUUGCACAGCAUCAUCAUCAACGACGAAUGGGCCACGGAGCCCAUUAAGAAUUUCACGGCCGCGGUACUGAGUGCACAGAAAAAGCUUUAUGCAAAGCGUCAUUAUGUGCGACCAAAUCUGUAUAGUGCUCUGAAACGGCUGAGAGCACAGGAUAGGCAUGUGGCGUUGUGGGUAGAUGCACUCUGCAUCAACCAGGAAAACGAUGCUGAGAAGACGGUUCAGGUUAUGAAGAUGAAUCAGAUAUACCAAAAAGCAUACAGCGUCUGCAUCUGGCUAGGUCUGGACGAUCCGGACUUCCAUUCGAGUAAAGCGAUGACUUUUAUCAAAGAUGUGGUCGACCUGAACAAGCUGAACAAUAUCCUCACAGACGAUCGUUACAUCCCGCAAUGGGCGAGUCUGUUCCAAUUGCUCAAGUAG